GCGGUGUUGAGUUGCCGCCUGAGAAAUGUCUGCACCUGAUUGGCUGGAUUCAACGACAUUAAUUAAUCAGGCUUGAGCUCACUUGUGAUUGGUCGAUUGUUGUUUCUGCAGCCAAUGGCGAGAGGAAGACGCGCAUCGUUUCCGGCGGAUUGCCAGUGAAAUGCGUGAGGAACGCCAGCACGGCGGAGAUCCGUUCGCUCGGGUUCUCUCGUAACGGACGUGACGGUGCAUUCGGCUCGCGACGAGAAAAUCCCGGAGAAUCCGAAGACAUCGUCGAGCGUCGUCGCAUCGAAGGUCCAAUCGAGAAAUAUCUGUCUCGCGACAGAGCAUGGACCCUUGGAGUCUCCUAACGAGAGCACAAGCCCUCUGUUAACUCGCAUCAAUCGAUCGAUCAGGAAAUCGACGAAGCAGUUAGAAAAAAAAAGCGGCGAGAUCUAGCGAGCCAAGAUGUAUCUGUACAAUCUGACUCUCCAACGUGCCACGGGGAUCACACACGCGGUGCACGGCAAUUUCUCCGGCAGCAAAAUGCAGGAGAUUCUCGUCUCCCGUGGCAAGUCGUUGGAGCUGCUACGGCCUGAUCCGAACACGGGCAAGGUCCACACCCUGCUGACCAUCGAGGUGUUCGGCAUCAUCCGGUCUCUCCUGGCGUUCAGACUGACCGGUGGAACGAAGGAUUACAUUGUCGUCGGGUCGGACUCCGGUCGCAUAGUGAUACUAGAGUAUAUCCCUGCCAAGAACACCUUUGAAAAGGUGCAUCAGGAGACCUUUGGCAAGAGUGGAUGCAGACGCAUCGUUCCCGGCCAAUAUCUCGCUGUUGAUCCAAAAGGAAGAGCUGUAAUGAUAGGUGCUAUCGAGAAGCAGAAACUUGUGUACAUUCUCAACAGAGAUGCUGAAGCUCGUCUGACAAUCUCUUCUCCAUUGGAAGCUCACAAGAGCAAUACUCUGGUUUACCAUACGGUUGGCGUUGACAAUAGUUUUGAGAAUCCCCUGUUUGCGUGUUUAGAAAUUGAUUACGAGGAAGCUGAUAGCGAUCCCACGGGCGACGCGGCGGUGAAAACACAGCAGACGCUUACGCUAUACGAACUUGAUCUUGGUUUGAAUCACGUGGUACGGAAGUACAGCGAGCCCCUGGAGGAACAUGCCAACUUCCUCGUGUCUGUGCCCGGCGGUAAUGACGGUCCAAGCGGCGUGCUCAUCUGCUCCGAGAACUAUCUUACGUACAAGAACCUCGGGGAUCAACAUGACAUACGUUGCCCAAUCCCGCGACGCCGCAACGACCUGGACGAUCCCGAGCGGGGGAUGAUAUUCGUGUGCUCGGCCACGCACAAGACGAAAAGCAUGUUCUUUUUUCUCGCGCAGACGGAGCAGGGCGAUAUCUUUAAGAUCACACUCGAGACGGAAGAGGACAUGGUCACUGAGAUUAAGCUCAAGUACUUCGACACCGUGCCCGUGGCGGCGAGUAUGUGCGUCCUGAAAACGGGAUUCCUGUUUGUUGCUUCGGAAUUCGGCAACCAUUACUUAUAUCAAAUAGCGCAUCUCGGUGACGAUGACGACGAGCCUGAAUUCAGUUCUGCGAUGCCGUUGGAGGAAGGUGACACAUUCUUCUUUGCCCCGCGACCGCUUCGAAAUCUAGUGUUGGUCGACGAAAUGGACAGUCUUUCGCCUAUUAUGGCUUGCCAGGUGGCAGAUCUGGCGAACGAAGACACACCGCAAUUGUACAUUGCAUGCGGUCGAGGACCGCGAUCCACAUUGCGAGUAUUACGCCACGGUCUCGAAGUGUCCGAGAUGGCCGUGAGCGAGCUGCCGGGUAAUCCAAACGCUGUAUGGACGGUGAAGAGAAGAAUCGAUGAGGAAUAUGAUGCAUACAUCAUAGUGUCCUUCGUGAACGCCACUCUCGUACUCAGUAUCGGCGAGACUGUUGAAGAAGUGACGGAUUCGGGUUUUCUCGGUACAACACCAACCUUGAGUUGCUCCGCCUUAGGCGAGGACGCGUUAGUGCAGGUAUAUCCUGACGGUAUACGUCAUAUCAGAGCGGAUAAGCGUGUCAACGAAUGGAAGGCACCUGGCAAAAAAACCAUUGUGAAAUGUGCUGUCAAUCAACGUCAAGUUGUGAUCGCUCUCACUGGAGGAGAAUUGGUUUAUUUCGAGAUGGAUCCUACCGGACAAUUGAAUGAGUAUACGGAAAGAAAAAAGAUGCCCUCAGAGGUAAUGUGUAUGGCUCUCGGAAACGUGGCAGUGGGCGAACAACGCUCGUGGUUCCUUGCCGUCGGUCUGCAGGAUAAUACGGUGAGGAUAAUAUCAUUGGAUCCCUCAGACUGCUUAGCGCCACGAAGUAUGCAAGCGUUACCAGCAGCUGCAGAGAGUCUAUGCAUCGUGGAGAUGGGCUCCAAGGACGCUGAUAAUUCCGAGGAUUCGGCGCCGCAGCAAUCCAGUUUAUAUCUGAAUAUAGGUUUGCAAAAUGGUGUGUUGCUCAGAACUGUGUUAGAUCCAAUUUCGGGCGAUCUUGCGGACACGAGAACACGAUAUCUAGGCUCUCGUCCUGUGAAACUCUUCAGAAUACGAAUGCAGGGUAAUCAGGCCGUGCUGGCGAUGAGCAGCCGGUCCUGGCUGAGCUAUUACCAUCAGAAUCGUUUUCACCUAACGCCCCUGUCAUACGAAAGUCUCGAAUUCGCGUCGGGCUUCAGUUCCGAGCAGUGUCCAGAAGGCAUUGUCGCCAUUUCAACAAACACGUUGAGGAUUCUAGCGCUCGAGAAACUCGGCGCCGUGUUUAAUCAGGUGAGCUUUCCGCUGGAGUACACGCCACGGAAGUUUGCGAUUCACCCGGACUCUGCACACCUGGUGGUUAUCGAGACGGAGCACAACGCCUAUACAGAGGAGACGAAGCAACAGAGAAGAUUGCAGAUGGCGGAAGAGAUGCAGGAGGCGGCCGGCGCUGAGGAGGCUGCCGUUGCCCGGGAGUUGGCGGAGGCGUUUCUAUCGGAGGAACCAAACGAGGCAGUUUUUGGUGCUCCACGGGCGGGCCCAGGACUGUGGGCCUCCUUGCUGAGAAUAAUGGCACCGACCACCGGGCAUACGUUUGAAAUACAUCGAUUCGAACAAAAUCUAGCUGCAUUAUGUAUUUGCCUCGUAAAGUUCGCCAAUCAAGGUGACCAACUGUUUCUCAUCGUUGGAGUCGCGAAGGAAUUUCAAUUGAAUCCUAGAGUCAGCAAUGGUGGUUUUCUUUACACAUACAAAGUAAAUGCGGACUGUACCAGUAUCGAACUGCUACACAAAUCCCCGUUAGACGAAGUACCAUUAGCCAUUUGUCCGUAUCAAGGUCGAGUGCUAGUCGGCGUGGGCAGAAUGUUACGGCUUUACGACAUGGGUAAAAAGAAAUUACUACGUAAAUGCGAGAAUAAGCAUAUACCCAAUGCUGUUGUGUCGAUCAAUGCAAUCGGUCAACGGAUCUAUGUCAGUGACGUGCAGGAAUCAGUAUAUGCCGUGAGGUACAAGCGCCAGGAGAAUCAGUUAAUCGUUUUCGCGGACGACACGCAUCCUAGGUGGAUUACGACGACGUGCGUAUUGGAUUAUGACACGGUCGCCACCGCUGAUAAAUUUGGCAACAUAGCUGUGAUACGAUUAGCAACUGGCAUUAAUGAUGAUGUUGAUGAAGAUCCUACCGGAAAUAAGGCACUUUGGGAUCGAGGGCUGCUAAAUGGCGCGAGUCAAAAAGCGGACACGGUGGCGUGUUUCCAUGUUGGCGAGACGGUGAUGUCGCUACAGAAGGCGACUCUCAUUCCCGGCGGUUCUGAAAGUUUGGUCUAUACGACUUUAAGCGGAACGGUAGGAGUGCUCGUGCCAUUCACAAGCCACGAGGAUCACGAUUUCUUUCAGCAUCUAGAAAUGCAUAUGCGAUCCGAGCAUCCUCCUCUGUGCGGCAGAGAUCAUCUAUCCUUUCGAUCGUACUAUUAUCCUGUAAAAAAUGUCAUUGACGGCGAUCUUUGCGAACAAUUCAACUCGAUCGAGCCCACUAAACAGAAAAGCAUCUCCAGCGAUCUCGAGAGGACGCCAUCCGAAGUGUCGAAGAGGCUGGAGGACAUACGCACGCGUUAUGCUUUCUAAACUUUACGGGCGCAAGAAUCAUGUUCUUCGACACAUCGUUUUUUUUCCAUAGAACUCUUGUUUCUAAUAUAUCAUGAAAGAUCCGUGUUAAUUUUAUUAAUUUACUCUUUUGUUUCACAAUUUGUUAAUUCAUUUUUGCAUAAUAUUAGAUUAAUGUCGUAUGCAUUUUUUAUUGAUUCAAUUGUGAAAAUUAAAUUCUGUUAUAUACAUCAUUGCAAUAUAUCGGGUAUAAACAUUUAAUGUGUAAAAAUUCAAAAUUUUCAUUCAAAAUGUGUGAUAGCUUUAUUGUGUAGACAUAAAACAUAAUUUUUAUAAUAUAUAUGUUAACGUCGAUAUAUAAUGUAUAUUUAAUUUCUUUUAAGGAUAAACACUCAAUAAUGAAAACAAA